AUGGAAUUCGCACCCGAUACGCGUGCUCUCCAAUUCUCCUCGUACAGCUUCGAUGCGGCGAUUGUUGAGGUUUUCACGACCUUUGUCUUUGGCGGCUGUGUUUGCGUGCCGUCUGAGGAUCAGCGCAUGGGUGGCGAGAUCGAGGCCGUCAUCAACGAAAUGCAGGUCAACUGGGCGUGUUUCUCGCCCUCUUUCGCCACAACGCUCAGCCCCGAGCGUCUCACUGGACUGAGGACCCUGGUGCUUGGAGGUGAGGCAAUCCGAAAGGAAAACAUUGAAGUCUGGGGAGGACGCGUGGAUCUCAUUGACGGCUACGGGCCCACGGAGACCUGCGUGUUCUGCCUGUCUCGCUCGAUUGCCUCCAACACAGAGGGCGCCGAGGGAGUUGGCCGUGCAGUUAGCACCCUCGCCUGGAUUGCGGAUCCCAACAACCACGACCGCCUGGUUCCAUUGGGUGCAGUAGGCGAGCUGCUCGUUGAAGGCCACUCGCUGGCUCGAGGAUACCUCGGCGACCUGGAGAAGACAAACGCUUCCUUUAUCAUAGACCCUCACUGGGCUAACGCCCAGGGCCGUGGGUUGGGCCGCCGUAUGUACAAGACCGGGGAUCUCGUGCAGUAUCAACAGGAUGGGACCUUGAACUACAUCGGCCGCAAGGACCACCAGGUCAAGCUGCGAGGUCAACGCUUUGAGCUGGGCGAGAUCGAACACCAUUUGACCCAGCACGCAGUGAUCCGGGACAGCCUCGUUCUGAUGGUGCGGGCUGGCCUGUGCAAAGGCCGCGUCGUCGCCGUCGUUUCCCUCGCGGCCAUCGCCCAAGCAUCGAGCUCGGAAAUUGAAUUCGCCGUCGACGAAGGCAUCUGGCUGCAGGUCUCGGCUGUCAAAGACCACCUGGUAAGCCAACUGCCCUCGUUCAUGGUCCCAACGCUGUGGAUCGUCGUUCGGAGCAUCCCACUCAACACAUCCGGCAAGCUUGAUCGCCAGCGUGUGAACGCAUUCGUCGAGGGGCUCUCGCAGGAGACGUUCAGCGCCCUGACGCAAGCAAACGAGGAGGCCACUGGGACAUCCAUCCCGGCCACUGCCACCGACCGCCGCGUGCAGGAGAUUGUGGCCCGCGUCCUAAACCUGCAGCCCGCGGCCACCUCGCUCAGUCGCUCGUUCAUCGGCCUUGGAGGCGACUCGAUCACGGCAAUGCAGGUGGUCAGCCACGCCCGGCGCGAAGGGCUCUCGCUGCGGGUUGCGGACAUCCUGCAGAGCGCGAGCCUUGCGCAGGUGUCUCUCUGCGUCCGCCCCGUGCGCCUGUCCUCCUCGAUCCCCCCCGAACGGCCCGGGGAAGAGUUUGCCCUAUCGCCCAUCCAGCAGUUUUAUCUGGAUGUCUGUGGCCAGCAGCCGACCCUGUCCAACCAGAGCUUCUUCCUUCGCCUCGGAAAGCCAAUCAAAGCGCAGGAGCUUAUUCAAGCAAUCGAUGCGGUUGUCCGGCAGCACUCGAUGCUCCGUGCUCGGUUCAGGCGAUUGCAGCCGGGGUCCAACUGGGUGCAGCGCAUCACCAACGACAUCUCUGGCUCGUACCACUUCCAGGCGCACCGGCUGACCGACCGCACUCAGGUGGCCCGCAUAAUGACAGACAGUGCACGCCAUCCAGAUGUGCAAAACGGCCCCCUGCUCAGCGUGGAUCUCUUCGAUGUGCAAGACGAAGGCCAGCUCCUCUUUAUGGUCGCGCACCAUUUGGUGAUUGACAUGGUCUCUUGGCGGGUGUUGCUGCAGGAUCUCGAGGACCUCCUUCUCGGAGGCACAUUAAGCGACGAGCCCGCUCUCUCCUUCCAGUCGUGGACCGCGAUGCAGGCCGAACACGCGCAGACCCUGGCUGUUGCCACCGCCCUUCCGUAUCACGUUCCGAUGACCCCAUAUAUGGCUUUCUGGGGGUUGGAAACCACGUCCAACGUCUACGUGGAUGCCGAACUGGCAAGUUUCACCCUCGACGAGCCCUCGACAAGAGCGGUGCUGGGCAGCUGCAAUGGGGCCUUCCGAACCGAGGUGACCGAUCUCCUCCUCGCCGGGCUGCUGCUCUCCUACAGCCAGACAUUCCACGGCCGGGCACCCUCUGUCUUCGUCGAGGGGCACGGGCGUGAGCCCUGGACUGCAGACAUCGACCUGUCCCGGACUGUUGGCUGGUUCACAGCCAUGGCUCCUGUAUACCUCGCCCCCGAGAUGCUCCACGGUCUCGCAAAUACGAUCCGUGGCGUCAAGGAUCUCCGUGGGAAGCUGCCCAACGCGGGAUGGGACUACUUCACGAGCCGGUACCUCUCCGCCAGUGGUCGCGAGGCCUUUGGCCACCACGGCCGCCCCGAAAUUCUGUUCAACUACUUGGGUCGCUACCAGCAGUUCGACCGAGAUGACGCCGUGCUGCGACAGGAACCUCGGACGGCAGCGGAGGGCCAGGUCUUUGACACCGACCUGCACGCAAACAGAAUGGCCCUGUUUGAGAUCUCCGCAACUGUGCCCGACGGCCGACUGCAGGUCAAUGUGGUGUACAACAAGAAAAGCCAGCACCAGGCCGAGAUCCAGAGCUGGGUGCAGCUGUACCGCAGUAUGCUGCAGCACAUGGCUGACACGCUGCCUUUGCAAGCGCCUGAGCCCACACUCAGCGACUUUCCUCUGAUGCCCAUUGGGUACAGCGCCCUCGAGAGGUUCCAGAGGGAAUGUCUCCCUGUGCUGCCCGCUGCCGAAAUUUCGGCGAUCGAAGACUGGUACCCGUGCUCGCCAAUGCAGGAAGGACUGCUCCUCAGCCAGCAUCGCCAAAAGGGGGCGUACGAGUCCUUCUUCAUGUUUGAAGUGGUGGGAAACUCGAACGUCUCCGUCGAGCGGUUGAACCACGCCUGGACGCAGGUUGUUCAGCGUCAUGCGAUCCUUCGCAGCAUGUUCGUCAGCAGCGUGCGAGACGAAGGCCUGUUUGAUUCCGUGGUCCUAAAAACCAUUACUCCCGACGUGCAGCGAUACGAAUCAAAGCAGUCGGACGUGGUCUCGUUCCUCGAAAGCCUACAGCCAGUCGACUACACCGUGGUGCGGGCGCCACACCGACUGUCUAUCUGCUGCACCGAGGAGUCGCGCGUGUACUGCAAGCUGGAGAUCAACCAUGCCAUCAUCGAUGCCGCCUCAGUCGCUCUGGUUGUCCGAGACUUGACCCGGGCCUAUGACUCGAAACUGGAUUCACGCUUGGUGGCGCCCUCUUACGCGGCAUAUAUCAAGUUUCUUCAGCAAUACCCGCACGAUGCUGCCUUGAAAUACUGGAGCGAGUACCUGCAAGAUGUGCAGCCGUGCCUCUUCCCGGUCACCCACCGAUCAGCUGUGGAGGACCUUGAUGCGGAGCUCAGAUAUGUCUCCCUGAGACAUGGGCCAUCUGAGUGA